AGGUAACCUCCUGGUGUUUCUCAUCUCGAGCAGCAGAUAGGCAGGUUCCUCCAGCAUGGCUAUCUUCCAGCUUCCCAUAUAUGCUGCGUUUCUCAUUGGAGUUACUCUCCCAGCCUCUGCUUUGGAGGACACUUUCGUUGCUGCAGUCUAUGAGCAUGCUGUGAUACUAUCAGGAGCCACUCCAACACUUGUCACUCCAAAAGAUGCCUUGAGCCUGAUGAACAAAAAUCUGGAUAUCUUAGAAGGAGCCGUCAAAGCAGCUGCUGAGCAGGGAGCCCACAUCAUUGUGACACCUGAGGAUGGCAUUUACGGCUGGGUCUUCACACGAGAAACUAUAUAUCCUUAUCUUGAGGAUAUACCAGAUCCUCAAGUAAACUGGAUUCCAUGCAAUGAGCCCAAAAGGUUUGGAUCAACUCCAGUGCAGGAAAGACUCAGCUGUAUGGCAAAGGAAAACUCUAUCUAUGUGGUUGCCAACAUGGGGGACAAGAAGCCAUGUAACUCCAGCGAUCUGAAGUGCCCUAGUGAUGGUCGCUAUCAAUACAAUACAAAUGUUGUUUAUGAUUUGAAAGGGAAAUUUGUGGCACGUUACCACAAGUACAACCUUUUUGCUUCUGAAAUACACUUCAAUUAUGCCAAGGACCCCCAGUUUGUAACCAUCAACACCUCCUUUGGAAAGCUUGGCCUUUUCACUUGUGCUGAUGUUCUUAAUUUUCGUGAGCCUGCCAUAUCGUUGGUAGAAAAGUUCAAGGUGGACACUGUCCUCUUCCCAACGGCUUGGUUGAACACUCUACCACUCUUGUCUGCCGUUCAGUACUACUCAGCCUGGGCUAUGGGGAUGCGUGUCAACUUCCUUGCAGCUAAUAUACACAAGCCCAGCUUGGACCUGACAGGGAGUGGCAUCUUUACACCUGAAGGCGCCAAGGUGUAUCACUUUGAUAUGGAAACGCAGAAUGGCAAACUCCUGCUUGCGGAAAUUAAUGCUCGCCCCCGUCUUUCCCCCACGUAUCCUCCCCCUGUCAACUGGACCUUAUAUGCUUCAAGUGUCAAGCAUUUCUCACCAGAGAGCCAAGUGUUUGGUGGAAGCAUUUAUUUUGAUAAUUUCACUUUCACUGAGCUCUCUCAAGAAGCGGACAGUCAUACUGUCUGCCAGAAGGGCCUCUGCUGCCACUUGAGCUACAAGAUGGCAGAAAAACGAGACGACGAGGUUUAUGCAUUUGGUGUCUUUGAUGGACUUCAUGUCAUCGAAGGAGAAUAUUAUCUGCAGAUAUGCACACUACUGAAAUGUAACAGCACAGACUUGAAAUCCUGUGGGCAGCGAGUGGAUAUGGCUCGUACAAGAUUCGACUUCUUUUCCCUCAGUGGCACCUUUAACACUAGUUAUGUGUUUCCUGAAGUCUUGCUCACUGGGACUCAGCUGGCCCCUGGAGAAUUUCAGGUGUUGACUGAUGGACGUUUGAUAAGCAACGGCAUAUCAAAACCAGUCUUAUCUGUGGCUCUUUUUGGAAGAUGGUAUGAAAAAGACUCACCACAUCCAUUGUAUGCUUUUUCAUGAGGUUUUCAUCAUUUUGCUUCCUUUGCACAUUAUCAACAUUCCCUAAGGCUAGUCCAGUCACAAUUAUGUCUCUUUUCCUGAACUCUGUGGGGGUUGUACAACAAGGCAGAAAUGGAACAGCAUCAAUAUAUUAUGUUGCAGGACAAACCAAACUGCUUGUUUUAGGAGCAGUUAUCAGUCACGAGAAUAGAUUAACACACAUGGAGUUUCUCAUGUCCCCCGUUCAUUGCUAUAGCUCAUAAGCAGGAGCAUCAGGCACACAGCAAAGAGAGAAUUUUGCUUUAGACAAUAUUAACAUUUCUGCUCCUCUAUGAAGGGGUUGUAGCCAAAUGUCAUCUGCAGUUAAUGCCAGUUAGUAUCAAUCCAAACCGGAGUAGGGAACCAGUGGCUCUGGAGAUAUUGUUGGACUCCAACUCCAUCAUGACCACUACCUAUGCUGAAUGUGGAGGUUGAUAGGAAGUGGACUCCAACUACAUUCAGAGGACCACAGGUUUCCCCUCCCUGUGUUCAGACAGUUAAAUGGUCAUUUAUCAGGAAGAAAUAAACAUUUCUUUGUUGACUGUUCCUGGAAACUGUUCCCUGCCCGGUAGAGCCAAUACUUGAUGAAUGGUUUUUAUUUUCCUCUAGUUCAUUUUGAGAAGGCACUUUAAAAGAACCUUUAUCGUUGGGGUGUGUGGUCAGUUCUGCCCACAUUUCAAGAGGACACUAUGCAGCUAAGGUCCUCUUUUUGUCCUGGACCCAAAUGUGUGCGUUUGUAUUCCUUCUCUUGCCCGAAUCAUAUGAUUAGAAAAUGGAACCGAGCUUCGUCCCCAUGAGCAUUCUGGGAAAGAUUUGCUGCACUGUUCUGUUGCAGCUUCGUGUUCCUUAGUUGCCAUGUGCUGGGCCCAUGUUUGGCUCCAUCUGUGUUGUUCAGAGAUUUGAUGUAUAUAAAUGGUUUCUUAACCCCAUGGAAACUUGCAAUUAAGUUUUUGGACCUUGUUUUUCUUUCAGGCUUAAUCAGUUAGAAGUGCAAUUUACUUCUAGUUGUUAUGUCACAGUGAAUACUCAGCUUGAGUGGAACUCACAUACUUUGUAAUGAAUAAAAUGUUUUGAAUUGCUCUUUCAUGUUUAUAUUGCUUCCCCCCUUAAAAUAAACAUCAUGCUUUAGUAAAGUA